GACCGCAGCAGGGCCUCCUGCCGUCAGAUUUCGUGGCGCAGGGUGUGCUGUGCCACAGGUCAUCAGAGUGAAGAAGAGGUCGCCGGAGGGAGGAACGGAAGCUUUGGCGGUCGAGGCGCCGGAGCCCGCGACCGGAACAACGUGCAGGUUGCCUCUUUCCUCGAAUCGAACGCGACGUGCUGCGUGCUCUCUUCCGCGAGUGAUGUCAAUGCGAGGAAGAAUCGGUUUUCGUAUCAUCUGACGAGAUGACCUUAACAGAUCAAACGACGAAAGCCAAAGGACCGCCGCGAUGGCUGGAGCCGGACCAAGUCCUUCCGGUUCAAGGACGCGUCGGCGAAGACAUCAUCGUGGAACCGAAAUUACGGUGGUCCGACGUUUUCGACGAACUACGAUUCGAACUGCUACGCGGAGAUGUACCGAUACCAUCCGAUCGAUAUAGAGUACAAAUGAGAGGCAACGUCGUCCAGUUGACUCUGAAGCAAUCACAGAAGGACGACACAGGACACUAUGCUCUGGUGGCUACGAGAGUUGAUCAAGGAUUCGACAAGGGAUCCUCGAAGAAAAUUCACCUCAGCAUCGACGAAGCUUCGGAAGAGGGUGAUCCACCAGUCUUCUUACGAAGAUUGACAGAUCUUGCAGUUAAAGUUGGCACCAGGACCAGAUUCCUCGUGGAAAUCCGGAGUUCGACCACACCGCAGAUCACUUGGCACAGAAAUGCCGAGCCGGUCCACGCGGGUUCAAGAUUCUCUUUCGUCCACGAGGGAAAUUUCUAUUGCGUGGAUGUGGCACCUGUCACGGUCGAGGACGAAGGACACUGGACCUGCAUGGCGGAAAAUCGAGGCGGACGAUCAUCCUGCACCUCCCGUCUUACCGUAAUCGUUCCAAAAGCGUACAAAAGGCCAGAAUUCGUCGAGGAGCUUCGAGCUCUUCUUACAGAGACAGGUACGGUGUCCUUGGAGUGUAAAGUAGUCGGUGUACCUACGCCGGUGCUAAGAUGGUUCAAGGACGACAAAGAAAUCAAGGCUGGUGAUGUCUUUGCUUUAACUGCCAACCUCGAUGACCCAACCUCCCUUGGCAUUUAUACUUGCGAGGCAGUAAACUGCAUGGGAAUUGCUUAUUCUUCUUCAAAAGUACAUGUGGUUGGGAAGGGCAGUAGGGAAGGUUCUUUGAAGCCAGCAGAUUCCUUAACACCGUCCGGUCCUCUUCCUGCUUUCACGAAGAUUCUGCAGGACGAAUGUUGCAGGAUUGGGGACACUCUCCGGCUUUCUUGCCAAGUUCAAGUACCACCAUGGCCGAAAGCAAUUACGUGGUACAACAAAGAAGGACGCAUCGAGCCGAGCGAGAAGUAUCACGUGAUGGAAGAUGGCCUUGGUGGAUACUUUAUAGAGGUAAGCCCUGUGGAAGCCAUGGACGAGGGUGAGUGGAAGUGCGUCGCCACGAGCGCUGAAGAUAUGAAACAGUUUACUACUUGCUACGUUGCAAUGUCCAUUCCAAAGAACUACAGGAAACCCCGCUUCAUGGAAAGCUUGAAAGCUGUCCUCACAGAAGAAGGUCUGGUGUCCUUUGAGUGCAAAGUUGUAGGAUUCCCCACGCCAUUGCUGAGGUGGUUCAAAGACGGCCAGGAACUAAAACCAGGAGAUGUUUAUCAGUUAACCGGGACCAACUCCUUAGGAUCCUAUUGUUGCAUCGCAAGAAAUUGUAUGGGAGAAGCAAAAAGUACAGCCGAAUUAACGAUCGAAGAUAUACAAAACCAAUUAAACGAAGAAGAACGUCUGCAACUUUUAAGCACAAAUCAACCGCCCAUUUUCAUCAAAGGUCUUAGAAGUUGCGAAGCGAGAAUUAACGAAGAUUUCCGAUUUACGGUGCAAGUCAGUAUUUCGCCCGAGCCAAGCCUAGCUUGGUACAGGGACGACCAGCCAGUGGAAGAGAACGAGAAGUACCAGAUUGCCAAGGAAAAUCUUGGCACUUGCCACCUCGACGUACAAAAGCUCGAGUUUCUCGAUCAAGCCGAAUGGAAGUGUGUAGCUUCCAACGAUCACGGUCAAAGCGUCACUUCCUGUUUUCUCAAAUUAAUCAUUCCCAAGCACUACAAGAAACCCAAGUUUCUUGAGAGUUUGCGCGCCAUAUUAUCGGAAGAAGGCGCGGUAAAUUUAGAGUGCAAAGUGAUCGGUGUGCCUCAGCCGAUUCUGAAAUGGUACAAGGAUGGCGUCGAGUUAAAGCCAGGAGAUAUUCACAGGAUCAUUUCUGGACAAGAUGGCACCUGUUGUUUGGGCACUUACACCUGCGAAGCGACAAACUGCAUGGGAACUGUCAGCAGUUCAGCGUCCCUUCUUGGCUUCGAAGAUAAACUCCCGGUUCAAAAAGAAGCGAAAGAACCGCUGUCACCAAACGGUCACGAACUCGCUAGAAACUUGUCACUUUCAACGAUUCACGAAGAAAGAACGUCCCAGUUAUACGAUACGCCACAAACCGAUCAUUCCGUCACGUUAGACGAUCGAGGAGAAGUAUCCUUCAGUUUCGAUGGCAAAGAGGUUUCCGUUAGCUUAUACGAAACACCUGAUCUCACUGAGGAAGAAGCUCUUCAGAUCGUUGAGAUGUACGCUGAUCAAUUAUCUGAACACGUAACAGAGCACAACGUGAUCGAACUGCCGCCAAUGCGAUUCGUUAAGGAGUCUUCGAAUUCCGGAAACCUCUUAAUGGAAGCAGUGGUAAUCGACGUGUCUCCGGAUUAUUUCGUCAGCGCGGAAGACGGCGACGACCUUCGUACAGAAGCCGACUUCGAGGACGUGUCCAUCAUGGACGACGUAACCCGUGUCUUCUCGUCCCCGGAUCAAGACUCUCGCAGUUCUUUAAAACGAUCUGCCAGGUAUAGCCUGGAAGAAGAUGACAAACCACCGACGAGACCUCCGAGAAAAAAAUCGAGCUCCUCGUCCAAAAGCGAAAAGAGCGAGAAGAGCCACAAAAUGGAAUCAGAAAGCUUUCACAGCGCCCAAAAAGACGAACCAUUUUCACCAGUGUCUCCAAUGUCACCGGUUUCCUCGUUGAAACAAGACGACAGCGACACUUUCGCCGAUGCGCUGUCUUCAGCGAGACUUUCCAUCUCAGAGAAUCAAGUUCAAAGAUUAUACGAAGACGGACGAGAAAGGAAACGCAGUCUGAGUGCAGAGAAGACAGCUGGCUCGAGCAUAGACGAUGGAAUAGGCGGAGAUUCUUCCUUCGAUUCCGUCACUGGUGCUCCAAAGAAGAAGAAACACCGAAAGAAGAAGCAUAAAAGAGAGAAAGGUAGCUCGGAAGAGUCGUCCAUUGGCAGCGAAAUCGAUGGAAAACGAAGAAAAAGUGGGUCAGCAGGCGCCAAUACCGAAAUGCUUCAACGUAUAGAGUCUAUAAACAAGACCGAAGAACCCUACGUAGAAGACGUGGCUGAUAAAUCUAGCGAGAAGAAACAGACGACCAGUGAAUCUGACAAGUCAUUAUCGAAAAGUAACAAGGAAAGAUUGUUGGACAAUAUGAGGAGGCUCAAGGAACCUGUUUUUAUUGUUAGAGAUACUUUAGUGAGCAUCGACAAUCUGGAAACUAAAUUGAACGCUGGUAGCGAAGAAGAGUGUAAGAUGAUCGUGACGAAGAACGUUAUCAAACCUAUUCAAAACUUAUGCGAAGAAGUGUCUUCUAUAGAGUCAAAAGCAUUGAAGAACGCGGGUGAUAGGUCUUUGAAUCAAACCAUUCGAAUUUCCUUAUUGGAAGCUAUCGGUGGUCCGACAGAAGAGCUUCUUCGUGGAAUGGAAUUAAUAGAACGUCAGGAAAGCGUGAAAAAUCGUAAGAUGGAUUUAAUUGCGAUUUUGGAAAGCCUGACAGACCCGGUGGAUGAGAUUCUUAUGGGAAUCACGAAGCUCGAACAUGAACUAACUGGACGAGCAAAGGGCGAGAGACCGAUUGCUUUAAUCAGGAUGAUUUCUGCAGUUUCUAAGCUCGAUGAGAAUGUCAGGAAUGUUUUAACUGUGGAUAAACGAGCCACAAGAUUGGCAGCAAGCAUAGAGGAUAUUCUCAAUACUUUAGAUUUCUUUUUGAACGACGUUUCUGUGGAUCCAACUAAGGGAACGAUAGAAACUGUGGAUACGGUGGUGGUUGAAUCCCUUUCGAAGUCUAUAGAAGACAUGGCGCGAGUUCUCAGUCGUUUCUCCACCAUCGAAGCAAAAGCGGACGGUGCUUCUAAAAUUGCGGAAGAACUUAUUCCUCCAACGCGCGAAUUAAAAGCAAAAUUAGAUACGUUAAAGUCUGCCUUGGAGACUUACGAAACGAGAGGCAUCUUAUCCGAGCAUCGAACGAAAUUGAUCGAGUCUCUUCAAGAAUCCGCUGAACAAACAAUCGUUGAAAUUCAAAGAGUAAAAGACAAGAAGCCAAUGGAAGAUCAGAAAAGGAUAGUCGAAGAGCCUAAGCAAGAUAUUCUAAAGGAAGUGAGAUUGAGUCUUCAGGAAACGUUGAAAACGUACGAAAACAUCGCUGAUACUCUGGAUCCUCGACUCUGCUCCAUUUUCGACCGAGUUGACGAGAUGUACAGAAGACUGAGGACACCACAAAGACGAGAAAUUGGCCUGGAAUCUCUAACAAAUCUGGAAGGUCCUUUGUAUUCUCUUCAGUGCGCUCUAACUUCACUUUCCACCGCAGAGAAUUCUGAAACGAUAUCUAAACUCUUGGAACCCGUCAUUUCUCAGUUGAAGUCAACCAUAAUUAAUUUGAACGAGAAUUCUUUGCAACCUAUAUUGGAAAUGGUUAAUAAUAUCGAACGAAUUAUUUGUAAAACGGACAGCGAAUUGGAAGAAAGUACAUCUUCGAAAUCGAUACAGGAACAGCCUCACAAUUUGACAGAUAGAGUCCUGGAUCCUUUAAUAGAUGUUCAAGCAGCUUUAAGCACUGCUCUACAGAAUAUAGAAGACGUCGAAUCUGUUACAAAUGGAGCAGCUAGUUCUCAAAAAUUAUUAGCUUCUUCCGAAAUAGCUGCUUGUCUCGUGGAGCUCAGACAAUAUAUAUCUGACGCAGUUCAUACAGCGAUGACCUUGAGAGAAGAUGAAACGAUAAAUAGCUUGAUAGAUCUGAAGGAACCAUUGCUGGACCUUCAAACGGCUCUUGUUUCCAAAGGAAGGACUUUCCAGGAGCUUCCAGUGAUUCGUAAAAUAUCGAUUCCAGUAGAAAAACUGAAGAUCGUUGUAUCGAAAGCAUUAAAACACUCCAUAUCACAAGAAGAUAUCAGUUCGAUAAAAGAUCUUUGGAAAAUGAUAGAAGAGGUCGAAACUCAAUUACCAAAGACAAUAUCUCAGUUAGUGGAAGCUGAAGAAGCGACAAAACAUAUUUUGGACAAUUUGAACGUCGAUCAGAAUCUCAGUAAUGUUCACUUUGCUUUGUCUUCGGCGUUAGAAAGACAAGAAAAGAGCUAUCCUAAUUAUACCUCGUGUCUAACAAUAUCUGUAGAAGAUCUAAGACAGAAUAUUGGAUCUUCAGCAGUAGCGAUUGCUAAUUUAAAGAAUCCAGUAGACGAACAGAUUGUAGAACAGGUUUCUUUACUAAAAGAAUGUCUGUUGAGUCUGCAGAGAUCUUUAUUGACCCAAGAACAUGAACCUGAAGAGGAGCAAAUUUUAAAAGAUUUAAUAAGUCCAAUCGAGAAAUUGAAGAGACUGGUUCAAACUAUGGUAAACACCGACGCAACGACAGACGCAAUUCUUCCAGUUUUGGAAUUACUCGAAGAAAUAGAGAAAGACACGCCAUUAAUUGCAAGGGAGGCAUCAAAGAAGAAAGCUAAAAGAGAAGCAGAAAAAUUAAUUCCGAAAAAGGAAGAACCAAAGAAACAGAAAGUUCAGUCGUUUGCUUUAGCAGAUAGGAUCUCUCGAUCCUUAUAUCCUAUGAAACAUUGGUUAUCAAAUACAUCUGAAGAAAGCACGAAGGACGAAGAAGAAUCUGCUUUAAGUUCAACCGUCGACGAACUGAAGAAAGACGUAAACAGAAUUGCUAUUGAAACAUCGUAUUCUGAACCUCCAAGUGACGAAAAUUUGAUAGAGGCUUUGGUAGAUCUUCGUGAACCUUUAACAAGGUUACGAAAUGCUAUAUCGAUGUACCAUGAACCGACAGAUUUGACAACUUUGGAGGAAUUGGGCAGACCAAUGAAGUAUCUCCUGCAGACUAUCAUGGACAUUCUUAAAGACCACGCUGGAGAAGAAACACUUCGACCUAUAGUGGAUAUCGUGGAAGAAAUUGAAAAUCAGAUACCUAUUUCUAUCAAAGAGACUCUUUACAGGAAAGAAUUGAAAGAAAUGGUACAAUCAAUGGCUCAAGAGAAGAUGGCGGAAGCAACGACGUCUCAAGAAACCAUUCAAGAAGAGUCCAUUCCUCAGGAGACUAUUCUUCCAGAAAAAGAAGAAAUCACAGCGCAUGUCUCUCAGGAAACUAUUCCCGAAACAACUCUAAUGGAAAGCACUACGAUAUUGCUUGAAACACAGUUUACUGAAUCGAUAGCUGAACAGACUGCGGUCGAAGAAAGUUCUCAAAGAACAGAACAGUUAAUUACAACGAUAGAAGAAUUACCAAAGGAAAAGAAAGAUAUGAAGAAAUCGAAGAAAGAAGAAGAAGCAAAGAGCUUGGUUGUUUCUUUGUCUAAAACGCUAGAGAGUGUUCAGAUAGAUAUAACAGGGAUUUUGGAAGAUUUUGAAGAACCUACAGCUGGAACUACCAUUGUUCCAGUUUCUAUAUUAGCUAAUUCUGUGGAAGAACUUAUGAAGACGAUUUCUGAGAUGAGAGUGAUAACUGGAACCUAUGGAACAUCGGUUAAUUCUUACGAAGAAAUAGUUAGUCAGACUGUAUCUGUGCUAAAGAACCUUCACCAACCUUUGAACAAUCUUCAGAAAGUUCUCCAGCAGUCACACCAACAUGGUGCUCAAGAACUAUUAAUCUUGAACCAUUUAAUUCAUCCUUUGAACGUGAUCGAAUCUGAAGUGAUCAAUAGUGCAAUCAAGAAGCUUGAUCAAAAUUCUGAUCUGAAGAAAAAUUGUGAACCUAUUUUGAAUCUUCUUAGAGAUAUCAAGGAUACGGUACCAAUCGUUGUGAAAGAUAUUCAUUCUAGGCAAGAGCUUCUUGGAUCUCUUCGUGAGAUUUCGAAACCUUUGGAAAAUAUCGAGGAACAAAUGAAAAUUCUUGAAGCUCAAACUGAUGUUACUCUGGAGACAGAUGUAGCCAGAAUUCUGGUGAAGCCUUUGGAUUAUUUAUUAAACACAGUAAACGUGACUUCGCAAGAGCUUGAACUCUUAGAUCAGCGAAGAGAAAUAAUUGUUGAAUUUCGAACUCUUGUUGAACCUUUAGUGGAAUUUUUGAGCAGUCUUUCGGUCGUUCAAAGUAGCAGAAAAAGUUUAGUUCCAGAAUCAGCUUUGUUAGACGAAAGACGAAGCGUUAUUUCAAAGGCAGUCGAAGGUUUACAAAGACAAGCUUCAACCAUUUUAGAAAGAAUUUCUAAUUUAGAAGGAGCCACACUUUUUGAAGGUGCAUUGAGUUCACUGAAAAAUGCUACUAUCUCUGUUCAACAACAAAUUGGUGGAACUGAUUAUUCAAGAAGAUCUAGCAACGAAUUUACUCUUCAAUAUAAUCUGUCAAGUUCGUUUAAUCAUUUGAAGAAUACAAUUGCAGUUUUGGAUAAGAAUGUGGAUAAAUCUGUUCAUCAAGUGAUUUCGAAGUCGCUGGAAGCUUUAGAGAAGCAAAUUACGUUAUCAGAAACACAUUUCAUGCAAACGUUCACUGAGCAAGCGGUAGAUGAAGAAGCUAUCGUUGAAGGAUUUUUGUAUCCGACUAAUCAACUUAAGUCAGCUUUGAAUGUAUUAAAGGAAAAAAUUAGUCAAAAAUCGAUAUCCUCUGUUUCCGUUCAGACUGUGACUCUUCUUCAGGCUCUGGCUAAUUCUACGACAGAAUUGGCUUCCUCUUUGUCUCUUCAUCGGGUUAGGUUGAUAAGAGAACGAGCUUCUGAAGGUUCCUCGCUUGUCGAAACCUUGUCUGCCAUGGUGGAUGUUUUGGAGAGUGUGAACGAUUCUAUAAGAGAAAUCGAAAUGGUGGCGAAUGUAGGGAAAAUUAUGACAGAAGAGAAAGAAGAGAAUAUUUCGCCUGAUGUCCCUAUUACUAUUACACAGAUUGAAACUAUUGUGGAUGAGAUUAUUGAAGUUUCAAGGGAAGAAGUGGAAAGUGUGUUAACUAUUCAAAAAAUACCACCUGAAGAAGAACGAUUGAAAAUAGAGGAAAUAAAAUCUGAAGAGAAAAUUCAGGAGGUUCGAGAACAGAAAACAGGAACAAUUAAAAGUCCGGAACCAAUGAAAGAAGAAAAGAUCGAUACCUUCGAAGCAAUGAAAGAGGAAACAACAAAAGCGCGCGAAACAACUGAAGAGGGAAAGAUCAAAGUCCUCCAAGUAAUGGCAAAAGAAAAAGUUGGAACCGUUGAAGAACUGACAGAAGCAAAAGUCGAUCUUCUUGAGAGGGCAACAGAACAGAAAGCUAAAGCUCUUGAGAUAACUGACGAAGGAGAAAUUAAAGACCUCCAAGUAAUGGGAAAAGAAACAGUUGAAACUCUUCAAGGAGUGACAGAAGGAAAAGUCGAAAUUCUUGAGGAGAUAGCAGAGGAGAAAGCGAAAGCUCUUGAGGUAACUGAAAAAGAAGAAAUCAAAGUUCUCCAAGUAAUGGGAAAAGAAACAGUUGAAACUCUUCAAGGAGUGACAGAAGGAAAAGUCGAACUUCUUGAGGGGACAGCAGAGGAGAAAGCGAAAGCUCUUGAGGUAACUGAAAAAGAAGAAAUCAAAGUUCUUCAAGUAAUGGGAAAAGAAAAAGUUGAAACCCUUGAAGGAGUGACAGAAGGAAAAGUCGAAUUUCUUGAAGGGACAACAGAAGAGAAAGCUAAAGCUGUUGAGGUAACUGUCGAAGGAGAAAUCAAAGUUCUCCAAGUAAUGGGAAAAGAAAGAAUUGAAACCCUUGAAGGAGUGACAGAAGGAAAAGUCGAACUUCUUGAGGGGACAACAGAGGAGAAAGCGAAAGCACUUGAAGUAACUGAAGAAGAAGAAAUCAAAGUUCUCCAAGUAAUGGGAAAAGAAAAAGUUGAAACUCUUGAAGGAGUGACAGAAGGAAAAGUCGAACUUCUUGAGGGGACAACAGAGGAGAAAGCGAAAGCUCUUGAAGUGACUGAAGAGGAAAAGGUCAAAGUACUCCAAGUAAUGGGAAAAGAAAAAAUUGAAAUCCUUGAGGGAGUGACAGAUGGAACAGUCGAACAUCUUGAAUGGACAACAGAAGAGAAAGCUAAAGCUCUUGAAAUAACUGAAGAGGAAAAGAUCAAAGUCCAAGUAAUGGGAAAAGAAAAAAUUGAAACCCUUGAAGAAGCGACAGAUGGAAAAGUCGAACUUCUUGAGGGGACAACAGAAGAGAAAGCGAAAGCUCCUGAGAUAACUGAAGAAGGAGAAAUCAAAGUUCUCCAAGUAAUGGGAAAAGAAAAAAUUGAAGCCCUUGAGGGAGUAACAGAUGAAAAAGUCGAACUUCUUGAGGGGACAACAGAGGAGAAAGCGAAAGCUCUUGAAGUGACUGAAGAGGAAAAGGUCAAAGUACUCCAAGUAAUGGGAAAAGGAAAAAUUGAAAUCCUUGAGGGAGUGACAGAUGGAACAGUCGAACAUCUUGAGUGGACAACAGAAGAGAAAGCUAAAGCUCUUGAAAUAACUGAAGAGGAAAAGAUCAAAGUCCAAGUAAUGGGAAAAGAAAAAAUUGAAACCCUUGAAGGAGCGACAGAUGGAAAAGUCGAACUUCUUGAGGGGACAACAGAAGAGAAAGCGAAAGCUCUUGAGAUAACUGAAGAAGGAGAAAUCAAAGUUCUCCAUGUAAUGGGAAAAGAAAAAAUUGAAGCCCUUGAGGGAGUAACAGAUGAAAAAGUCGAACUUCUUGAGGGGACAACAGAAGAGAUAGCUAAAGCUCUUGAAGUAACUGAAGAAGAAGAAAUCAAAGUUCUCCAAGUAAUGGGAAAAGAAAAAGUUGAAACCCUUGAAGGAGUGACAGAUGGAAAAGUCGAACUUCUUGAGGGGACAACAGAGGAGAAAGCGAAAGCUCUUGAAGUAACUGAAGAGGAAAAGGUCAAAGUACUCCAAGUAAUGGGAAAAGAAAAAAUUGAAACCCUUGAAGGAGUGACAGAUGGAAAAGUCGAACUUCUUGAGGGGACAACAGAGGAGAAAGCGAAAGCUCUUGAAGUAACUGAAGAGGAAAAGAUAAAAGUACAAGUAAUGGGAAAAGAAAAAGUUGAAGUCCUUGAAGGGGUGACAGAAGGAAAAGUCGAACUUCUUGGAGAGACAACAGAGGAGAAAGCUAAAGCUCGUGAAGUAACUGAAGGGGAAAAGACCAAAGUUCCCCAAGUAAUAGGAAAAGAAAAAAUUGUAACCCUUGAGGAAGUGACAGAUGGAAAAGUCGAACUUCUUGAGGGGACAAUAGAAGAAAAAGCUAAAGCUCGUGAAGUAACUGAAGAGGAAAAGAUCAAAGUCCAAGUAAUGGGAAAAGAAAAAGUUGAAAUCCUUGAAGGGGUGACAGAAGGAAAAGUCGAACUUCUUGGAGAGACUACAGAGGAGAAAGCUAAAGCUCUUGAAAUAACUGAAGAGGAAAAGAUCAAAGUACAAGUAAUGGGAAAAGAAAAAGUUGAAACCCUUGAAGGAGUGACAGAAGGAAACGUCGAACUUCUUGAGGGGGCAACAGAAGAAAAAGCUAAAGCUCUUGAGGUAACUGAAGAAGGAGAAAUCAAAGUUCUCCAAGUAAUGGGGAAAGAAAAAGUGGAGACCUUUGAAGGGGUGACAGAAGAAAAGGUCAAACUUCUUGAGGGGAUAACAGAGGAGAAAGCGAAAGCACUUGAAGUAACUGAAGAAGAAGAAAUCAAAGUUCUCCAAGUAAUGGGAAAAGAAAAAGUUGAAACUCUUGAAGGAGUGACAGAAGGAAAAGUCGAACUUCUUGAGGGGACAACAGAGGAGAAAGCGAAAGCUCUUGAAGUAACUGAAGAGGAAAAGGUCAAAGUACUCCAAGUAAUGGGGAAAGAAAAAGUGGAGACCUUUGAAGGGGUGACAGAAGAAAAGGUCAAACUUCUUGAGGGGUCAACAGAAGAGAAAGCUCAAGCUCUUGAAGUAGCUGAAGAAGAAAUAGUCAGCACUCUCCAAAUAAUGGGAACCGAAACACUUCAAUCUCCUGAAUUGGUAGAAGAAGAGGUUGAAGUUCUGAAAGAAAUAAAAGAAGAAGCAGUUAUGGCUCUUGAGGCAGCAGCUGUAUCGUCUGAAUUAGUACAAGAGAGUAAAGUUGAAAGUGUUAAAGUAAUGAAAGUAGGAAAAGUCGAAUCGAUUGUAGGAAUUGAGGAAGAGAAAGCUGGUGAUCUUGAAAUAACGAAAGGAGGAGAAUCAGUAGCAAUACACAAAUCAACAGAAGAAUUGUCGAAAGCAGGAGAAAGGGUUGAAGUGUUAUCCGAAGAGACAAAAGAAGGUGCUGAUCAAAUAUUAUUUGAUAUAACAGAGAAACUAUCGAUAAAAGAGGAAAAGGUCGAAACUGUGCCUCAGAUGACGGAAGAAAUGCCAAAGACUGUGGUAAAAGUAGAAGCUCCGCUUGACGAAACCGAAAAGUUGAUAGAAGAAGAAAAAGUAGAAAUUUUAACAGGUGAAGUAGCACUGCCGGUUAAAACUGUGGACGAAAAAACAACAUCGUCUGAAGAAGUGGCUGUAACAGAAAAAUUAAAAGAAGUAUCUGGUGUUGAAGAAUCUGUGGAAGAAAUAGUCGCACAAACGAUAGAACCAGAACAAAAAAAAAGAAGGACUGAAACAGCAGUCGAAAGAAUGGGGGAAGGAAAAAUUGAAAAAGAAGAAGUGCUAAGUCAAGAAAUAAAAAUAGAAGAAUCUAAAGAAUCGGAAGAAUUAAAACAAAAGCAUGAUGUUAAAGAGCAAGUGUUUGAAAAAGUAGAGGAAACACUAAAAACAGAAAGAGUGGUGGAAGAAUCACCAGAGAAAACAAAAGAAGAAACAAGAGAAUCAGCAUUUAGAGAAUCAAACGAAGCAGUAAGACAAAGAGAAAAAAUGGAAGCUUUAGAACAAAUAGAAGACUUAGCAAAAGCAGAAGAAAAGGCAGAGGAUAAAAGAGAACAGGCAAAAAUCAAUCUGAUACAAAAGACAGGCUCGUUGAUCAAUGCUCUACAACAACCUUUCAAAGAACUAACCAGUCUCGUAUCUGUAGCUCUAGACGAACCUCUUUCCUCAAGAUCGGAAGAGGAGAAACGAAGAAUUCGAGAAUUAACAGCCCUCAUACAGAUCCUUUACGACUUAAAAGCAACCAGCACAUCAAUUCAAAACACAUUAUCUUCCUCUUCAAUCUCAGAACUUAAAACGCAAUUUGUUCGUCUGUUGGAAUCUUUAAUAAACGUAGAUCAAGCCACAGAAAAGAUUCUUUGUUUGACUCAAAAAGAGUUAGCACCAGCACUGAAAGAAAACGUAAUGGUAUCCUUGCAAAUACUUUCAGAACCUCUAAAAUCUCUUCAACGUGAACUCUCUUCUAUCCAAGGAGCAACUUCUCAGCUUCCUAUAGAUUCUAUUGCACUGCGUGGAAACGCACAAAAUGUAAACGAAGCGAUUUCUGAACUCGUAAAGGUCAUUCAACAGACUGCUGAAACGAAGAGUAUGAAAGUGGUCGAAGAAAUCAAAGUGAUGGCGAAAACGAAAGAAGAAAUCGAGGAUAUCGAGGAAACCACAGCGAAACCUCUUCAAGAACUGAUAGAAGUCCUCAUGGUCUCUCAAGAACAAGUGAAACCAGAGGAUGCUUCGCCACUUGGUUCUGCUCCGCCUUCGAUAGAAUCAGCUGAAUUAAUCAAACUGCGAAAAUUAGAAGCAGAUAUCGCGAAGAAGAUAGUCAGUCCAAUACAAAAUCUUCGUGAAGCUAUUGCAAAGAUCGAGGAAGAGAAAUUGAAAGAAACUGAACAAUUAGAUUUGCCUACGAAGACAGCUGCAAUUAUCUUGAGUACUAUUAUUUAUCCUUUGGAAAAAUUGAAACAAUCUUUGGAUAUUUCUUCUCAGAAACAAACUGUAGAACAUGAAGAAAUUACGGAAGAAACACAAUCAAACGUUCUGCAAUCGCUACCAGUAGCCAAUAUCCUAGAAGAACUGGAGAGAUCCAUCGCCACAAUUCAAGAAGAAAUGAUCCUCGAAGCGAAUGAAGAAAUGAACAAAUCAGAGGAUAAGGCGUUAAUUGUAAAAGAAAUAGACAAAUCGCUAAAAAAUCUCAAAUUUUCAAUCGGUGCGGUACAAAAAAUAGUAACUUUUGAAAGUGCAGGAACAUUUUCCAAUAUAGAAGAGACACCGGAAGUCGAAACAUUCAUUGAAUCGGUAAAUAAAUUAGGAGAAAAAUGUACAGCGAUUGUCAGUUCUCCUCCAGUAAAGAUAGAAUCUCUAGAAAAAAUUCGAAAAGAAGAAUUGGAACAAGUUUUAGAAAUGAUGAGUCAGCCUAUUCAACUUUUGCGUGAAACACAAUCUGAGAUUGAAGAACAGAAGACCGAUGAGGUACGAGCUUUAGAUGAAACAAGCAAAAACGUAGUAGAAGUUUUGAAACCUCUGGUGCACCCUUUAGAAGAAUUGGAACAAUUAUUAUGCACAGCAAUUCAACAAAUUCGUCCAUCGAAAGAUGAAAAGACUGAAGAGAUAAAGAGUACUACUUUACCUACGGAGCAAUUGAAGGUUAGUCCUGUAUUGGAAGAACUGCAGAAAUCAAUUGUUAUGAUAGAAGAACAGAUAGCUGUACAACCGAAAAAACUUGAUGUGUCCAGUACAAAAGUGGAAGCUUCUGUUGCUGAAUUGAUAGAAAGUCCAUUAAAAACUCUUAAAUCUGCUGUGACAGCCAUUCAAAAUCUCGAGGCGGAAGAAACGAAAGAAUUAACCAGUGAAGAGAAAACAACAGCCCUGAUAACGCUUGCCAAGUGUGUGGAAAAGAUAGCAAAUGUGUCUUCGGCAAUUUCUAGUCAACAGAAAGUUGAAAUUAGUAUUUUGCAACAGCCACAAGUUGCUAAAAUAGAUAUACAAGAGUUUGGACAGCAAGCUCUCGAUAAUAUAGCAAGUCCAAUUCAAAUUUUACGUGAGACCAUUUCCAAACUUGACGCACAACAGACGCAAGAGACUGAAACUUUAAUUAUGCCAGAAACGAAAGAAAUCGCUGGUGUUUUACAUAUCUUGGUCGAACCUUUGGAACAAUUAGAAAAAUCUUUGUCAGUGGCUGUUCAAGAGACGAGCAUCGUUAAAGAAGAAUCUGCAUCAGACUUGGAGCAUGUCCAAUCCUCUAUGAAGUUGAAUGUCGGGCCUGUUUUAGAGCAGUUAGAAAAAUCUAUUGCUGUAAUUCAAGAACAAGUUUCUUUGGAACCUACUAAGGAAGAAUCGAAAGAUAAAUUGGUGGGUUCUGUCGCGAAGACUAUAGAAGAACCUUUGGAACAAUUGAAAUCUUCAGUAGCAGCUAUUAAGGAGGUAAUAUUGGAGACUGAACAAACGGGUGAUUUAUCAGACGUAGACAAAACUUCAAUUCUAAAAUCGUUCGCACAAUCUGUGGAAGAAAUCGGUGAAAAGUGUUUAGCAGUAAUUUCCCAGCAACAGAUUGGCAUACAACUAGUCCCCAAAAAAAUAAAAGAAUCUCAAGCGGAAAUACUAGACAUGGCUGUCAGUCCUCUUCAGCUAUUUAGGGAAACUAUUAUCAAAAUCGAAGAAGAAAAAUUGCAACAGGUGGAAGCUCUCGAUUCUUCCAAAAUAGCUGCAUCAGAAAGUGCUUUGAAGAUCCUGGUAGAACCACUACAAAGAUUAGAAACUUCGCUAUCUUCCACUGUUCAACAGGCAAUCUCGAUGGAACUCAACGAAAUUGAGGAAAUAUCUCAAGCAGCUCCACCUUUGCAAAAACUAGAUAUUCAACCUAUAGUGGAAGAACUUCAGAAAUGCGUAGCAUCGGUACAAGAACAAGUAAAAUUGCAAACAGUGGCACAGCACUCCAUUGAGGAGGCUUCUAUCGUGCAAGCCACAGAAAAGUCGCUGGAAGACUUGAAUUCUUCUCUUGCGAUCAUUCAGAGUGUGGUAUCCACUGUACCAGACGUAGAAGAAACACUGUCGGAGACAGAGAAGGUGACAGCGCUGCAACACUUCGCCAAAUCGGUGCAAGAACUAGAGGAAUGCUUGGCCAUGGUCAGUCAGCAUCAAGUGGACGCGAAGGAGACAGUGAUGGAGUCGAUGGAAGCUGAAAAACUGGAGACACGAGUUCUCGAGACGAUUAUCGUGCCGAUUCACACGCUGCGCGAGACUAUUAUGAAGAUACAGGAAGAGAGCACUGAAGAAAUUGGCACGUUAGAAUUGCAAAAAGGGAAUGUGAAAACGUUGAUUCCUUUGAUGCAUCCUCUACAACAGUUAGAAAGAUCUUUGGUGAACGUGGUUCAACAAGCAAGUGACCAGAAACUUGAAUCCGUGGAACAAAUUCAAAAAGAAACUCCACAGGCUAUUGUCCUUCGACCAAUUUUGCAUGAAUUAAAAGAAAGUAUUGUUAAUAUUCAAGAACAGUUAGCUACGAGCCUUGAAGAAUCUUCAAAAUUAGAGUCUGCGAAGGAUAUAAAUAAAGCACUUGAAGAACUAGAAACAGCUACUGUUGCUGUUCAACAAGUAAUCACGCUUUCUUCGGAAGGGACUGAAGAAAUAAAAACUCAGAAGAAAUCUGCCUUGGAAGCUUUUGCUAAAUCGAUAGAACAGUUAGAAGAAAGAUGUUCAGCAGUGAUAAGUCAGAAGAAAGUGGAAAAGAAGUUGGAAGAAGCUAAGGAGCAACAAGCAAAGAUGGUGGAUGUUGAAAUUCUUCAGAAGAUAAGUAAUACGGUUCAUGUUCUACGCGAGUCGCUUUCUCACAUUGAAGAAGAGAAAAUGCAGCAGGUAGAAGAAUUGAAAAUACCUAAAGAGAAAACUAAUGUGAAAUUAAAUGUUCUUAUAGAACCAUUGAAUAUAUUGGAUCAAGCUUUACAGACUGCGUUGCUAGAAGGUAAAGUGCUAGAAGAAGAGACUACGGAGGAGUUGAAGAAGAGUGAAAUUCCUGUUGAUAAAUUGAAUUUGCAACCAGUAUUGGAAGAAUUACAGAAAUCUAUAAUUACUAUUCAACAGCAAACGAGUGAAACCGCGACAAUUUCAGGAGAAGUUAGUGAAGUUAGCAUGAUGCUAGCAGCAGAGAAGUCUUUAGAACAAAUGAAAUUAUCUGUGGCAGCUGUUCAAGAAAUAACAAUUUCUCAGCAAGAUGAAACAAAAGAAUUGAAGACAGGUGAAGAAAAGUCUCGAUUAGAAGCUUUUGCACGAUCGAUAGAAGAAACUGGAGAAAAACUGUUAGCUGCAGUCAAACAACACGAGGUGAAGAAAUCUAAAGAAGUUCCGGCGAAGAACAAAGUGGUCGAAGAUUUUGUAAAAACUGUCAUUGAACCUAUUAACGAGCUACAAACUACAAUUUUGAAUAUAGACAAAGAAAGUGAAUUAUUGGGGAAGAAGAAAGAACAAGAAGUUGUACUCUUCUUGAGCAUGGUGCAACCAUUGCACAAACUCGAAGAAUCGUUCUUGUUAGCCAUGCAGCAAGAAGCAGUAACAAAAUACGAAACUGUCAAAGAAAUUUCACAAGCAAUUCCAGCAUUACAAGAAUUACCAGUUAAAUUGACAUUAGAAGAACUUAACAAAAACGUGGCAGAAAUUCAGAAGCAACUGGUUUUUGCCAAGGAAUCUUUAAAAUCAGCAGGAGACGCUGAAGACUUUGCUGUAAUAAAAAAUCUAGAAAGAUCAUUAAGUGAUUUAAGAACGUCUGUAGCUGUGGUGCAACAAUUGACAACGAUAGAAAAACCUGGCGAACACAUUCUAGAUGUCGAAAACGUGUCUGCGUUGCAAGCAUUUGGAAAAGCUGUGGAAGAGUUCAGAAAACAAUGUUCUGUGGCUAUCUCGAAACCAAAAGUGAUUGCUACAAUUAUAGGAACGAUUCAAUUAGAGACACCACAGAAACUUGAAGCUCAAGUUUCAGAAACAGUUACUGUUCCAGCCAAGUUAUUACAAGAAUCCAUUUCGACUAUAGCAGAGAUUAAGCUUCAAGAAGCUGAAAUAUUGGAAACAUCGGACACGAAGAAAUCUAUGACCAUAUUAACCGAACUUAUCCCACCGUUGCAACGAUUAGAACAAUGUUUCGUUGCUGCAAUUCAAGGAGAACAUGUGAUAGAGCACGAUGCGAAGAGUUUAGAAACUGAUAAAGUAUCAUUUGAAAAGACAACUUUAAAACCAAUACUCGAAGAGUUCCAGAAAUCAAUCGCAGUGAUUGAAGAGCAUAUGAUGGUAGAAGAGGGCAUGCGAAGUAUGCCAGAGGCUAAAAAUGCUUCUCAAUUGAAAACAAUGGCACAGACGUUGACAGACUUAAAAACUUCUGUGGCUGCUAUUCAACAAGCCGUUGAAUUUGCACCAGAAUUUUCAAAAGAAUUCUCCAAAACUGAAAGUGUCGCGGCAUUUGAAACAUUUGCAAAGACUCUUCACGAUUUAGUAGAACGUGCGGCUACUAUCGAUCAACAACAGAUAAUUAUCGAACCAGCAGCAGAUACUAUAUCAGAAGAAGCCUCAUCUUUGAAGACUUGGGCGGAUGUUGUUGAAGAAACAAAUGUACAAGUUACAGAACAGAUGAUUGUGGAUCAAGGUACCGUAGAAUCGCCUUCAGAAAUGGCUCUUUCAAUUUCUGAAGAAGAAACACAAACUUUGAAGAGUUUGGCUAAACCGCUCAGUGAAUUGAAAGAGUGUCUGGCGAUAAUUGUCGAAGAAAGAAAAUCAAUGGACGCGAAUGAGAUUGCUUUGAUAUUAUCCGAAAAAGAAGAUAUUUCUUUAUUGAAAGCUAUGGCACAGCCUUUAUUAGAACUAAAGAACGUAGCUGUGUCUGUUAUUAACGAACAAACAGCCAUUGAAUCUACGAAAGAGAAAUCUUUUGAUAGUGGGGGAAAGCCAGAAACCACACUAAAUCCAUUAAUUGAACCUUUAGAAGAACUUUGCAAUUCGAUUGCAUUAAUCGAAGAUCGUAUGUUGGUUGAAUCUGUGGAAGAUCGACCAGUUGAUGAGGUGUCCUUGUUAUCUGCUUUAGCUGAGCCCUUGAUAACUCUGCACCGAAGCAUUUCUGUACUUGAAGAACGAGUGAUGUCUCCUGAAGUGGAACCAAUGCCAGAAGAAUCGAGUCAUUGGAUCACAGAAUGUUUGGCAGUUCCUUUGCAAGAAAUAGAAAGAUCUAUUGCUGAGAUUCGAGAGUGCGUUGUGGUGGAACCUGAGCCUGGACUUGCCGAAGAGAUGUCGAGGAUUGAUACACCAGAUUGGUCUGUCGUUGAGAAAUUGGUGCAACCGGUGGAAGUUAUAAAAUCGACAAUCAUUGAAAUGGAAGAAAAUAUUAUUAAAAAUAUGAAAGCAGAGGAGGAAAGUGAAUACGAGGUAGUGAAGACAUUGGUGCAACCAUUAGCUGACGUGCAAGAAAGCUUCCUAGUGCUGAAAAAUAAGACUGAUAUGAGUAUAGAGGAGGAAGAAGCUAGUAUCGAUGCUAUUGUGGAUUCGUUAUCUAAUCUUGAGAAGAGUAUAUCGUUUAUCGAAGAACAAGCUGCUGAAAAAUUACAGUUAGCCUCAAAUAUAACAGAAACUAUAAUUGGAUACUUGGCUGAACCUCUGUUGCAACUGAAAGAGAAGAUUAUGACAGUGGAAGAAUCUUCGACUGUAUAUCUUGAAAACUUGGAGAAACCAUUGAAAGGAUUACAAGCUGCUUUGGAAGCUGUCCUGUCUGAUCAACGUGAGGAAGUGCAAAAGCAGAAGAAAGAGAGUGCUAUUUCUAUGGAAGAAGCUACGAGAAUAUCGACGAAGUUGAUUCACUCUAUUAAAGAAGUAAACGAUUCUAUUGAAUCGAUUGAUAAUAAGAUAGAAAGUUACAAAGGUUUGCUAGGUCUAGAGAUUCAGAUUGAGAAGGAAGCUUUGAAUAUGUUGGCUAAGCCACUUGAACAACUAAAGCAGGGAAUUCAAAGUGUUUUAGAUAAACAAGAGAUUGGAGAAGGGACGAUGGAAUCAUUGAAAAUGCUUCGAAAGGCAAUUGCGAUUGUUAGAGAGCAAUCUGCUGAUAAACCUAUAGCUGAACCAUCACAUUUGGAGAUAACAGAAAUUUAUGGUGUGUUAAAAACCUUGAACAUAAGUUUGUAUGAGCUGGAAGAUUCUACCAAGAAGGUUGAAGCAUUGUGGAAGGAUAGUUUAAGCGGAGAAGGGCUUGUGGAACUUGAAACGCCUAUUUUGAAUUUGAUGAAUGAUAUAAACUUGCUUCGAGAUAAAUUGCUGGAUGUACAGAUAGUGUGGGAGAAGGAUAAAGAGAAAAAGAAAAGUAAGAAGAAAGAGAAAGAAGAAGUAGAAGAAGAAAUGAAAAUAGUGGACAAGGACGAGGAUGAACAUAAGAAGGAAGAGGAAGUUGACAAACAGAAACAGAAGGAGGAAGAAAAGAAGCGAGAGGAAGAACAACAGUUGAGAGAAGAGGAAGAAAAGAAGAAAAAGGAAGAAAUAGAGAAACUGAAGCAGGAGGAAGAGGAAUAUAAAAAGAAAGAAAAGGCUGAAAAACUAAAGCAAGAGGAAGAGCGUAAAAAGCAAGAAGAGGUUGAAAAACUAAAGCAAGAGGAAGAGCGUAAGAAGAAAGAAGAGGCAGAGAAAUUACAGCAAGAAGAGGAACGUAAAAAGAAAGAAGAAACUGAGAAACUAAAACAAGAGGAAGAACGUAAAAAGAAAGAAGAGGCUGAAAAACUAAAACAAGAGGAAGAGCGUAAAAAGAAAGAAGAGGCUGAGAAACUAAAACAAGAAGAGGAACGUAAAAAAAAAGAAGAAACUGAGAAACUAAAACAAGAGGAAGAACGUAAAAAGAAAGAAGAAGCUGAGAAACUAAAGCAAGAAGAGGAACGCAAAAAGAAAGAAGAAACUGAGAAACUAAAACAAGAGGAAGAACGUAAAAAGAAAGAAGAGGCUGAAAAACUAAAACAAGAGGAAGAGCGUAAAAAGAAAGAAGAGGCUGAGAAAUUAAAGCAAGAAGAGGCUGAAAAACUAAAACAAGAGGAAGAACGUAAAAAGAAAGAAGAGGCUGAAAAACUAAAACAAGAGGAAGAGCGUAAAAAGAAAGAAGAGGCUGAAAAAUUAAAGCAAGAAGAGGCUGAAAAACUAAAACAAGAGGAAGAACGUAAAAAGCAAGAAGAGGCUGAGAAAUUAAAACAAGAAGAGGAACGCAAAAAGAAAGAAGAAGCUGAGAAACUAAAGCAAGAAGAGGAACGCAAAAAGAAAGAAGAAACUGAGAAACUAAAACAAGAAGAGGAACGUAAAAGGAAAGAAGAGGCUGAAAAACUAAAGCAAGAGGAAGAGCGUAAAAAGAAAGAAGAAGCACAAAAAUUAAAACAAGAGGAAGAGCGUAAAAAGAAAGAAGAGGCUGAAAAGCUAAAACAAGAGGAAGAGCGUAAAAAGAAAGAAGAAGCUGAGAAAUUAAAACAGGAGGAAGAACAUAAUAAGAAAGAAGAAGUUGAAAAAUUAAAGGAAGGGGAAGUGCAUAAGAAAAAGGAAGGGGCACAAAAAUUAAAGGAGGACAAGAAGCGUAAAAAGAAAGAAGAAACUAAGAAAUUAAAUCAGGAGGAGGAACGUAAGAAGGAGGAAGAAGCUGAAAAAUUAAAACAAGAAGAGCGUAAGAAACAAGAAGCUGAGAAAUUAAAACAAGAGGAAGAUCUUAAGAAGGAGGAGGAAGAAAAACGUAGGAAAGAGGAACGAGCUGAAAAGUUAAGACAGGAAAAAGAACAGCAGGAAAAAGAGGAGGCUGAGAGAAAGAAACAAGAGGAAGAAACACGUAGAAAGAAAGUGGAAGAAGAAGAAAAGAUUGAAUCGGAUGCAUUGGAACAAAAAGAAGAAAAGUUAGCUGAAAGGAUAGAAAGACGAAGAUUACAACAAACGGAAGAUGAAUGCAAAGAACAGGAGGAAGCAGAAAGACGGAAGAAGGAGCAGGAGCAGAGAAAACGCGAAAGGGAAGAGCGUGCGAAGAAAGAGGAAGAGGAAAGGCUCAAACAUGAAGAAGAGGAACGCAAGAGGAAAGAGGAAAAGGCGAAAUUGAAAAGGGAAGAAGAAGAACGCAGGAAAGCUGAAAAAGCAGAAAAAUUAAAGAAAGAAUUGGAACGAGAAGACCAGAGACGAGAAGAAAUUCGGCGUCGAAGAGAAGAACAAGAGAAACAGAUAAGACAGGAAGCCGAGAAAGUUAGGAAAGCUGAAGAAGAACGGUUAAGAAAAGAAGACGAAACGCGCGAACGUAGAAGAAGGGAACGUGAACAAAGAAGACAGGAAGAGGAAGCGAAAUUACGCAGGGAAGAAGAAGAAAGACUUCAAAGAGAAGAAGAACGAAGGAGAAAGAGGAAAGAAGCUGAAAGACAAUGGAACGAAGAUAAAGAAUCUAUGAGGAGGAGGGAAACUGAACGUUUGGAAAGAAGAAGAGCUGAAGAGCGUCAGAAUAGAGAAGAAUCUGAACGUUCGAGGCGGGAAGAUGAAGAAAGGAGAUGCAGAAGGGAAACAGAAAGGCAAUUAAGAAGAGAAGAAGCAGCGCGAGAAAUGAAGGAAGAAGAAGAACGUGUAAGAAGACGACGGGAAGAAGAAGCAUCCAGGCUUCGCAGGCGAAGACAAGAACAACUAAGAGACGAUACUUGGUCCAAAAUAAGACAAAGCGAAUCGGAUCAAUUAUUUAGAAAAAUGGCCGAUGAUGCACUUCGAAUUGGAAGAAUGAAAGCUGGUUCUUCUGACGUGGAAUUUUGGCGGGACAGACGAGACAAAUCUUAUCGACACGACUCUGGUUUCGAUUCGGGGCUCUCUAGCACUUCUAGAUCGUACAGCUGGAGAGAUUCCCUGACAUCUUUGACCAGGAAGAGAAUCGAUGAUUUUCUUGAUUAUAAACUGAGGGAUACUCCGAUCGAUAGAUAUUACUAUGAUACUGGGACGUACUACAGAAGAAGAAGAAAAAGGGACGAUCAAAUUACUCGAACAAGAUCUAUUAGUUUGUUGAAGUACGAUGACUAUUCGACGGGUGAUAGUGACACGACUAUUACAGCUGCUACUGUUAGCAAACCACCGAGAUACACUAGUAGAACAAAGACCAGUUCACGAAUUGAUUUGGACGAUCGUGGUUCGAAUUUGUCUAUAUAUUUGCCACCUAUCAAGGACGAGCUUACACCACGUGACAAGGGAAAGAAGCCAUCGUUCUGCACAAGAUUGACGAAUAGAACCGUAGGAGUUGGUAUGAGGACGAGAUUAACCUGCACCGUACUUGGACACCCAGAACCAAGAGUUUACUGGACAAAAGAUGGCGAGAAGCUUGACAUAACUACGAACAAAUAUAAAACUCGAUUCGAUAAUGGUAUGGCUUACUUUGAAUUGCACGAAGCACUGCCUGAAGAUUCCGGAUUGUAUACCUGUGUUGCCGAAAAUAUUCACGGAAUCGCGACCACCGAAUCCACAUUAAAAGUUUAUCCCGAUUUCCAACCAGCAUUGUCACCCCCCACUUUUACAAGAUCUAUCAAAGACACUUAUCGACCAUCUGACAACGAGUUGAUCCUGGAAUGUCGAGUUCGUGGCCAUCCAAUACCGAUCAUCUCCUGGUUGAAAGACGGUUGCAUUCUUCAAGGCGAUCGAUUCAGACAAUGUUACUUAGACGACGGUAUCUACCGGUUGGAAAUUGCUGCACCCAAUUCGACGGACAGCGGCCGAUAUACGUGCAGAGCAAUGAACGAUCUACGAACCGAAGAGAUAUCGCAUGUCGUUCAAUUCAACGAACGGGAACGACGAAUCGUGGGCAAACACGAGAAAUCGUUCGACGACUACUUCAACGUCGAAACUUACAAGAGACCGCGAUUUUCUAGCUAUUUGAGCGAUUACAGCGUUCCCAAAGGCGGUACUAUUGCCUUGCAAGUCGAAGUCAAAGGUGUUCCAGCACCGGAGGUAAGAUGGUUCCGCGGCGAAAGACGAGAGCCGGUCUCGAUCCCGAAAGCGAAGACGUUCAUAGAAUCUGGCGUUCACACGUUGGUUUUACCGGAAGUCACUGAAUCAGAAAGGGGCACGUACAUUUGCAGAGCUAUUAACGCUUAUGGCCACGUAGACAGUAUCGCUACUGUAGACGUAAUAUCACCUAGCGCGAUGGAUGGUGAAAAGCCAGCCAUGUUCGUUUCAAGACCCUCGGAAAAAUCGAUUACAGUUACUGCUGGAGAGGACGUCAGUGUUUCCUUUAGGUUCUGUGGAGUACCUAAACCUCGUGUUACGUGGAUGAAGGGAUUAAAAGACAUCACGGACGGUCCUCGAUCUUACAAAGAAACUAUCGACGAUUACGUGAGACUAACACUGAAGAGAGUGGUACCUUCGGACGAAGGCACGUACUGCAUUUUGCUUAAGAACAGAUACGGUUGUGACAGAAGUUUCUUUUCGAUCAAGGUAAAACAACGGGCAAGAUCUCUGACACCUGACUGGAGCACUUUGAGCAGUCGUACCGAGACCGGAAGUUGCAUUGGUCUGUCCAGCGAGAGUCGCGACGAAGAUCUGCCCUACGUGAAAAAUGUUCCAGGACCAAUUACGAGCGAACCGGUGGUGGUUGACGGAGGAAAGAACUGGUUGUCUUUGAGUUGGGGAAAAGCAGAAAGGAGAGGACCAGCGCCUGUCAUCGCAUACAAAGUCGACGCUUGGUUGCUGGGCAGUGACGGUGGUGCACGAUGGGUCGAGCUGGGUAUGACACCAAUCAAUGCGUUCGACGCGUUCAAUCUGAAACCCGGUGGCGAGUACAAGUUCCAAGUAACGCCAAGAAACCGUUAUGGAUGGGGCGAGUCCGUCACUAUGACGAAUUCCGUCAAGGUCAGCGAAAUCGUUGAUCUUCCGGAGUUCACGAAGAUUUUGCCAGGUCAGCUCAAAGUGCUCGAGGGGGCCACAGUCAAAUUGGAAUGCGAGAUACGGGCUGAUUCGAAGGUAGACAUAAAAUGGUACCACGAAUCGAUGGAAAUUGAUCCCAACGGUGACUCUAGAUUGUCGAUUUAUCACAGUGCAACCAGGUGUUGUUUGACGAUUGAAAAUGUUCAGGAAAUCGACAGUGGCAGAUACGUUUGCGAGGCGGGUAAUUCGAUUGGAAAGGUUUCAUCGUUUGCUAGGGUACUCGUUGUUAAUGAUCCGAAGAUCAUUGAGGCUGAUGAGAAACUUAGAUCGAGAGGCUUGGGAGACGAGACGGAAGACAGACCACCGCAAUUCACAAUGAGAGUUCGAGAUAGAAGAGUUCAAGCAUCCUUUCCAGUUAGACUCACGUGUCAAGUGACAGGAUAUCCGGCUCCAGAAGUCACAUGGUAUAAGGAUGCCGAAGAGAUUCGACAAGAUGAACGUCACGUAUUCUGGAACAAUGAUUCGAACUUCCACACCCUGGAGAUUAUUCACUCCAUGUUGGAAGAUUCCGGCUGUUACAUGGUUAUGGCGAAGAACGCGAGUGGUUCGGUGUCCUGCCGAUGUAUCCUGGUAGUAGACAAAGGAAUUCGCGCUUACAUUGCUCCAGAAUUCCUGUGUGGCCUUGACGCUGUUUAUACCGUGAAACUAGGCGGGGAUCUGCGGAUGACGGCUCAAAUAGAAGCUUAUCCCAGUGUUGGCAUCGUAUGGCAUCGCGACGGAAUUCGUUUACGUCCAAGCAGAAGAGCAGUAAUGACCUUGAACCACGAUGGUACCGUCGAGCUGUGCUUGGCCAAGGUCACUCAAAGGGAUGCUGGCGUUUAUUGUUGUACAGCUACAAACGAGGUUGGCUUUGCCGAGACUUCAACAAGAGUAUCCAUUAUUGGCACUGAAACGCAAGAUGACGAGACGUCCGUUGAAGGAGUGCCAACUGUAACGAUCAUGUCCACGCCAGACAUACCAUACUCGAAGGAACCUCUCUUCGUCACAAAACCACUGUCUACCGAGGCGAUUGAAGGCGACAAUGUUAUUAUAUCCUGUGAGGUGGUGGGUGAUCCGAAACCGGAAGUGAUGUGGCUGCGCGAUUUUCUCAGGCCUGAUUACUACAGGGACGCAGCCCACUUCCGGCUGGUCGGCGAAGGACCUCAGUAUCGGCUGGAGAUACCGUACGCGAAACUCGACUUUACGGGAACGUAUUCCGUAAUAGCGCGGAACUGCCAUGGGGAGGCCAAAGCCGUGAUUUCUUUGCAGAUCUACGCGAAAGGUCAAGGCAAAGAGGAGAAAAUGAAGAAAUCAGGGGUCACACACGGAAAGGUGCUGACUUUGCCGAUAGUUACGAGGGAACUGCGAGAUCUGAGAUGUUGCGACGGCGAUGCUGUUACCCUUGAAUGCAAAGUACACGCUACUCCUGAGGCGCCAUUGGUGCGUUGGGAACGUGGAGGAAAGAUUCUACAAAUGGGUGGCGAUUUCUCCGCUGACUUUGAUGGAGAAACCGCGCGUCUGUGCAUCCAACAUGUUUAUCCGGAAGACGAGGGCGAAUACACAUGCGUGGCAUAUAACGACCUUGGGAAAGCAUUCACGUCAGCCUGCCUAAUAGUGGAUGUGCCUGAAGGGAAAGAGAAUGUUUUGAGCCAAAGAUUAACGAGGCCCGCAGGACUUCUAUCGGCCGGAUCGACGCCGAGAUCGACGCCACGCUCGACACCGAUCAGGAGUUUGUCUCCUGCAGUUUCGCAUGGUCGAGAAUUAAGGUCUCCGCAGCUUCUUCCACGAAGUAGGUCGAUGUCAAGACGGCCAAAGAUCAGUCCACCGAAAUUUUACGCAGUUCCGCACAAUCGCGUGGUCGAGGAAGGGGAAACCGUGCGAUUCCAAUGUGCUGUAGUUGGCCACCCGUCACCAUGGGUGAAAUGGGACAAAAAUGGCAUAAUUGUCACGCCGACUGCUAGAAUCUCAAUAAAGGAAAGAGACGACGUAAAGAUAUUGGAAAUCGUCGAAGUGACCCAAGAAGACGCAGGACUGUACAGAGUGAUCGUGGAAAAUGAUUAUGGUCGUAUCGAAGCCAGUGCCCGCCUGGAAAUAAUUAAUCGUCAAUUACUUGGGUCGGUUGCCAGAACAAUCAGAACUAGGAGCGCAUCGCCUAGAACGUAUCCAUCUUUUAGCCGAAGCCUCUUAGACACAACUAGCAGAAUAAACGGAAGAUUAUAUCUCGAUUGCGGUAUUAGAGGAACGCCUAGUCUAACACCAACGUGGUUCAGGAAUGGACGCCCGUUGGAACGAUCGAUUCGAGUAAAAAGGUACUUCGACGGGACAACUGCGAAAGUCGAAAUUUUGAAAGUGAAAGCGAGCGACGCCGGUGAGUACACCUGCGUGGCAACGAACGUCCUUGGUUCUACAAAGAAUUCUUGUCAGGUGACCGUUCUUGAUUCUCAUAAUCCGUCUACGUGCGACAAAGAUCCGCCGAAAUUCUUACAGUCUCUUCCAGAAGAAUCGAUCGUCAUGGAAGGUCACUGUUACGAACUACAGACGAGACUUGCGGGUACACCGCCUUUUUCGGUGACUUGGUUAAAGGAUGGUCGUGAGAUACCUGACAACGAUUACCAUAAAUACGUCAUAUAUGGCGACGGUGGAGUCGCACUAAGGUUAUCCAAUGUUUGUCCACAAGAUGCUGGCGAAUAUACUUGCUUCGUUCGCAAUAAUUUCGGAGAGGUGUCUAGCAACGGCCUGUUUGCUGUUCAAGAUUACAAAGGUAUUCCGAAAUUGGCGCCGCAGUUCACGAAAACUCCGGUGUCGGUCAUUACACCGAAAGGUGAGACUGCCUGUUUCUGUGCUCGGGUGCAAUGUGGAAAACCCAUGGAAAUCACGUGGACGAUCAAUGGAAAGGACAUCAGAGAAAAUUCAAGGUGCAAGGUUGAAAGAGACGAUAACGUUAGCAUUCUUAGGAUACACGAUGUACAACCGCGGGACAUCGGUGAAAUUCGAUGCAUCGCAUCCGUGACUGGUAAAGGACCGUCGAUUAGUUGCACAACAGAACUACGAUUGCAGCGAACGGUACAGAAUUUCGAGGAAUCGAGACGUCACAAUACGCCGGAAAUUAACGACGAAAAGCCACCAAAGGCUGUUAAUUGUAGCCGUAACAAUUCUCUACGAAAGACAAGACGAGACGUUCUCUCUUCCCCUCGAAAUCAAUUACACGAGUCUCCUAUGCGAAUCAGAUCAUCCUCGUUGCCUCUCAGAUCUACUUCAAAUCCUAAACAACUGUCUCCUGCACCCGCGAGGAGGAAUAUUCUUCAAAGUCCGUUACUCGAUACCAGGAAAACAUUGGCGACCAACAAAACGAAUAAAAGGAAAGUUCGCGGCUCGAAAAAGUUGGAACGUAAAGUUACUCAACAAGUGCGCUACAAAUCGAAUGAACACAGGAUUUCGUCGUCUUCAGACGAGGAAGAAACAAAGGAUAUUUGUAAAGAAAAAUCUUCUGAAGUAUCGAACGAAAAGAUAUCAAAAUUAGUUGAAAACAAAGAAGAAUGUAUAACGAGUUCAACAGAGGUUUCUGAUCCGUGUAAGACUGGUAACAAUGCGAAACAAAUUCAAGAUAACUAUAAUAAACACGAUAAUACACCUAUAAUAUGCAUGGAAAGCGCUCUGCAAGAGUUGGAGGAGGAUUCGAUUGUAAGGAAGGAAGAAAUCGCGACUAAAGAGGAGGAGAAAGUUACUAAUAGGUCGGAGGAAUUCGUGGCUGCCAGUAUCGUAAAGGUACCAGCUGACGUCACGGUUUUCCGAGGAAACAGAGUAGUCCUCAGGGUCACGUAUCGAGGUCAUCCGGAACCAGUCGUCAAGUGGCUUCGAGCGGGUCGAGAGUUAACUGCAAACAAAAAGACUGCUAUUACCUACGGCGGUGGAGUGUCUUGCUUAAUAUCGGACGAUGUGACCGCCGAUAAUGCCGGGAAAUACGAAGUGUCCGUGGAAAAUAAACUGGGAAAGGACCGGCGGUGUUUCAGCGUUGCUGUUGAAGGUCCACCAGACCCGCCAGCGAGUGUUCCAAACAUAUGCUGUUCUGCAGGGGCAACGACCAUCAAUUGGCGAUCGUCUCCCUACGACGGUGGUUGCACGGUUACUGGUUAUACCGUGGAAAUGAACCGUGCCGAUGAAAACACUUGGAUGACGAUCGCAGAAUCCUGUCUUUCAUUGAGUCUCACGCUACCAGCUGUUGGAACAGACACCGUGAUACCUGGCGAAAGAUAUCGUUUCCGCGUAAGAGCUGAAAACAUACAUGGGGUUAGCGAACCUGGAGAGGAAUCUGAAUUUGUUCGAAUUCCGAAACAAGGGGAAACGUGUUUGCAAGACGACGAAGACGAAUUCAAGCCACCGUUCGAAGCUCGAAUAGUGGAAAUGGAAGAUGGACAAUUGUUUAAUCAUCGGUACGAAAUAUUGGAGGAAUUGGGCAAAGGUCGAUACGGAACUGUACGGAGGGUGGUGGAGAAAUCUUCAGGUACGAGCUUCGCGGCAAAAUUUGUCAGGACCAUCAAAACGAAGGAUCGAGAGCAAGUUCGAGAGGAAAUUAGGAUCAUGAACAUGCUGCGACAUCCAAAACUCCUCCUUUUGGCGGCUGCUUUCGAAAGUCCUCGAGAAAUCACGAUGGUCACGGAGUAUAUUUCUGGUGGCGAACUUUUCGAGAGAGUUGUUGCUGACGAUUUUACCUUGACCGAAAGAGACAGUAUACUCUUCAUGAAACAAAUUUGCGAGGGUGUCGAAUAUAUGCAUCAGAAUAAAGUGGUGCACUUGGACCUGAAGCCGGAGAACAUAAUGUGUCGAACACGAACUUCCCAUCAAAUAAAACUCAUCGAUUUUGGUCUAGCACAGACACUCAAACCAGACACACCGAUCAGAGUCCUUUUCGGCACACCAGAAUUCAUUCCACCAGAAAUAAUAAGUUACGAACCGAUCGGUACCGAAUCGGACAUGUGGAGCGUCGGUGUAAUCUGUUACGUUCUCUUAACCGGUUUAUCACCAUUCAUGGGCGACAAUGACGCCGAGACCUUCGCCAACAUUACUCGAGCUGACUACGACCUGGAAGAUGAGGCCUUCGAUGCGAUUUCCAACGACGCUAAGGACUUCAUCAGCAGCCUGCUUGUCAAGCGAAAGGAAUCGCGAAUGUCGGCGAGACAAUGUUUGGAACAUGCUUGGAUGGCGCAACACGCGGAAGCUAUGAGUAGGAUAGCUUUGCCGACAGAAAAGCUGAAGAAAUUCAUCGUACGAAGAAAGUGGCAGAAAACAGGAAAUGCCAUUCGUGCACUGGGAAGGAUGGCGAUACUUUCAGCGAACAGCAGACGAAGUCCAACAGCGACCGCAGAAUCCUCGCCAACCUCGGAUCCCUCGAAUCCUAUUGAAUCGCCACGAACGAUCGAUUUUGAUGUUUCAUCGAACGAACAAAAGUCACGUGACAUUGACGAUGCGAUGGGAAAGAACAACGGGAGCACGAGCGAGCUAGAUACUCGAGAAAGGAACCUGUAUUCGUUCUGUUAUAAGACAAAGAUGAACAUCUCGCCAGAGGAAACGUUAGACUCGUCUCUAAAGGAAGAAACACGCGUAUCGUCGGACCUUGACGAGUCGUCAUUGAAAAAUGAACCGACGACGGAUCACGCGGGAUCGUGUUCUCAGGGAAAUGGAUCCGCAGGGACCCGAGAAACUGAUACAGCUGAGGAAACUGAGGGCCAGAACGAAGUUCAGUCAGAGGAACUGCUUCCUAUGGAGAGAAUCGAAGAGGAAACCGAAAUCGUGACGCGAUGUCAGGUCGAGGAGCGCACCUUGAUAACGGAAGAAAUUUCGAUUUUAACGAAUGUAACCGUGGAAGGAAAAAGUUUGAUCGACUUCAACGACAAAUCGGAAUCUUAUCAGGAUUUACUUUGGGAUGAGGUUACUACAAAAUCAACGAUCAGUGAUGAGAUUAAUUCUCCGGAAUUAAUGACUUCAGAAUGCAAACAAGACUCGACUUGGAACGUCGAAGAAAAGACGGUCAGUGAGGAUACAGUUAUGGAAAUAGACAAGGAAUUGAAGCAGAGGACCGAUAGAGAAUCGAGUGUGAACUCGCAGAAGUCGCGUCGGGUUUUCAGAGGCGACUCGCGAGAUUCUGGGAUCGGAGAUUGUAUUUCCAAUUUAUCCGCGUCUUCGCAACAAGUGAACGAACUGGGUAUUUCGUCGAUUAAAGAGGAAGAGGCGGACAACGAAAAUAAUAGCGACAACCUUAAAAACGUGUUACAAAAGGUGGAGCAAUUUGAAAGUCAUAGGACAUCGCUCGAGGAAAUCACCGGAAUGUCAGAUGCAGGAAACAUUGAAGUUUCGGACCCAAAGAAAUAUACCAAAGGAAAUAUCGAGGUAGCUACACUGAGUGGUGUGACUAAAGCUUCGCGUGAAAUUAAUCGACAGCAUGAAGUGCCCGACGAAAUUGAGGACCCAAGGCUACUAAUCGGAAGAAUUCGUAGCAAGUUCGUUCCGACCGGAAACGUGAGUCGUACCGCCAAAUUAUUCGAGAAAGAGGCAGCAGAAUCGAAAUCACCGACGAACGUACUGCAAGUGUCGCAACGUACAAAUCCUGUGGUCACUAUGACGCCAGGAAAACCACACAACGAGAGGAUACAAAAAGCUUUCGCCUUUUGGAAUAAAUAAGCCGUGAACGAGUAUAGCAUAUGAAUCAUCAUCGAUAUCACUCGGAGAAUAACCGGUAUUUUUCGAUAAACUGACGAAUAUUUUAAAAAUCGUUUGACUGAAACUCUAAAAGUGUUAUUUUCGUGUUUUAAAAGAGUCACGGAUGAAUAGAAUUAUUAAUAAUAUAUAAGUUGUUUUUUAAAUAUCGAAACGUGCGUUGUGUUAUUACACAAACAAUAAUUUGAUCAUACACCAAACCUCGUUAAUAAUUACGAAAACGAAAAAAAAAAAAAAUAGAAAGGGUAAAAACUGGAACUUUAUCGACGCGAUAGUGACGAGUUGAAGUGAAACAAUUCUAAUCGCAAGAAAAGAAAAACAUAUUUAUUUAUUUAACGACAAGUUUCUUAUCAGCCUGAGAUAAAUAUUUAUAACAUAGGUACAACAUAUUUACAAUUUAUUUCAUUGCCAUUCUUUAUCUUUUCUUCUUCAUCAAAAUUGCACUGAAAAACAUUUCGGCGCAUUGAAAUCACGAAUAAGACUUGAUCUUUGACAUUUACAUUUUCUGUUGUGUAGAUAUCUUCGAUGAUUUCGAGAGUUUGGAUUUCGAGAUACUCGCAAAUUUAUUGCAAACGAGAAAGAAAGAUUCGUUUGCAUGGUCGAUGCGUGUAAAUAGCUGUCAGUAACAUUUUACAAGCGUAGAAAAUAUGUAAUGUAUUUAUUACUUCCUUUGCACCCUUUGCUUUCUUACAAACGUAAGAAAGUGAUUACAUGUAUUAUUAUAAAUUACAUGUGAAUAAAAAGAAAUAAAAAUUC